AUGGCACCCUUUGUAGCAGACAGCUUUGAUACAUUGAAAGAUAUCAUUUUCGCUGGAUUAUGCUUCAUGUCAGAGCACUGGUGUCUGAAGAUAGUGGGAGUUGCGAGUUGGAUAUGGUUGCCCGUCAUCUAUGCAUGGCUUCUUCGGGAUGAACAUUGUGCGAGUCAUCUGUCCGCAAGCUAUUUUCCGUUCGACAGCGCCCCGACAAGGGCAGAAACGGAGAAGAACACCAGUAUUGCACCAACCACCCAUCCAACACUUCUUCAGGCCGCUCCGACGGUGCAGAGGGCGACGGUGCCGGAAGCAACCUCUGACAACAGGAUUGCAGAUUUCAUCUCGGCCAGUGUAGAGGUGUUCUUAUAUGGACUCUACAAGCAGACAUCUCAGGGGAAAGUGAGGCUAUUGGCAUGGGAGUCCGGCGCGCAGGGCUUGGCAGCAAUUGCCUAUCUACGCUUGGAGGGAGGGUCUCCGUUUGUCGUAGUCCUCCAGAUCAUCGUACCACUGGCGCAAUUGCUCUUUGCCCUGCUAUUCAAGCGGCUCCUCCGGAGUUCUACAUCGACUUCAAUAGCGAGAAGUUUGGACUUUGCCUUAAGCUACUCCAACAACCGAUCGUGGCAGGUAUCAUUGUUGCGGAUCAUCCUUGAGGAUACUGCAACGGCCCAAGCGGUCCUGUCUAAGUCCGAAGUUCUGCGAGAGAAGAUCACGCUCUACCAUGGCAUCACUGAUGAAGAGGCUGCCACCUUGGCUGAGGCAUUGAAGGUUAAUGACACCGUGGAGUAUGUUUCCAUCGGCGGCACCUUCGGUGUUUCUGGGGCCAUGGCGUUUGCCAAGGCAUUGAAGAUUAACAAGACUGUGAAAAAGAUAAACCUCGAGAACAAUGCGGUCGGUGAUGACGGAGCUGCGGCUCUGGCUGAGGCGUUGACAGUCAACAAGAGUGUGGAGCAUAUCCGUUUGGAUGCAAACGACAUUGGUGAUGCUGGUGCUGCAGCUUUCGCAGGUGCACUCAAAAGUAACAGCAUCCUCAAAGUUGUGCAGUUUGCCCGCAAUAGUAUCGGUGAUGAUGGUGCUACGGCCUUCGCCGAGGCAGUGCAAGUGAAUAGCACUAUUGAGGACAUAGACAUUGACUUCGUGGAAGGCAGUAGUGCUGGGGCUGCAAGCUUGACAAGGGCGUUCUUUGUCAGCAAGACUGUGGAGACAAUGAAGGUUUCCUUCGUAAAGGUUGUUAAUGCCCAGGCCACAGCCUUGGCCAGCGCACGUUUUGAGAACGACUGCGUGAAGAAAAUCGAGCUGGAUUUCAAGCAAGUUUCUCAAACUGGCUCUGCAGUCCUGGUCGAGGCAUUGGCAGAGAACAGCACAGUGAAGGCGAUCAACAUUCAUGGUCCCGUUGGUCAUUCCGGAGUUGCAGCCUUUGCAAAGGCAUUGAUGGGCAACAGCAGCGUGACACAGAUCCAGCUUGAGAAUACAAAGGUCGGCGAUGCCGGAGCUGCAGCUCUGGCUGAGGCGUUAAAAGUCAACAAGACCGUUGAGCAUAUCCGCUUGAACGCAAACCAGGUUGGUGAUGCUGGUGCUGCAGCUUUUGCAGGUGCACUGAAGAGUAACAGCAUCCUCAAGCAUGUGCGUUUUGCUCGCAAUGUUAUUGGUGAUGGUGGCGCUACGGCCUUCGCCGAAGCAUUAAGAGUGAACAGCGCUGUUGAGAAUAUCGACAUUGACUUCAUUGAUGGUAGUAAUGCUGGGGCUGCAAGCUUGACCAGUGCGUUCUUUGUCAACCAGACUGUCAAGCAAAUCAAGGCCUCCUUCGUAAAGAUUGACAAUGCCAACAUCGCAGUCUUGGCCAGUGCAUGUUUUGAGAACGACGGCGUGAAGAAAAUCGAGCUGGAUUUCAAGCAAGUUUCUCAGACUGGCUCUGCAGUCCUGGUCGAGGCAUUGGCAGAGAACAGCACAGUGAAGGCGAUCAACAUUCAUGGUCCCGUUGGUCAUUCCGGAGUUGCAGCCUUUGCAAAGGCAUUGAUGGGCAACAGCAGCGUGACACAGAUCCAGCUUGAGAAUACAAAGGUCGGCGAUGCCGGAGCUGCAGCUCUGGCUGAGGCGUUGAAAGUCAACAAGACUGUGAAACACAUCCGGAUGCCAGCAAACGACAUUGGUGAUGCCGGGGCUGUGGCCUUGGCUGAUGCUUUACAAGCUAACAGCACCUUGCAGCAGAUAGAGACGGAUUUGGUUGACUGUGGUGGCACUGGCGCUGCAGCUUUGACCAGGGCUUUCUUCGUGAACAGGGCCGUGAAGCGCAUCAAUGUUUCUUUCAUUCAGACCAAACCCUACACUAGAGUCUUGGCCAGCGCAUGCUUUGAGAACAAGGCCGUCAGGAAGAUCGCGCUGGAUUUCAAGGAUGUUUGUGAGACUUUGUCUGCUGUCUUGGUCGAGGCGUUGGCAGAGCAGAGCACGGUGGAGGCGAUCAGCGUUCGAGGUCCCAUGAGUCCAUCCGGUGUUGCAUCCUUUGUUGAGGCUCUGAAGAAUAACAGUGUUGUGAAGCAGGUGCAGGUGGACUCCGGUCAGAUUGAUGACACCAGAGCUGCGGCGUUGGCCGAGGUUUUGACAGUCAACAAGACCGUGGAGCACUUCCACAUCCAUGCCGACGAGAUGGGUGAUGCAGGGGCCUCGGCCCUUACCGAGGCAUUGAGAGCCAACAGAACCGUGCAGCAUUUCGCCAUCGUCUCCAGCAACAUUGGUGAUGCUGGCGCCAGGGCGUUUGCCGAUAUGUUGACGGUCAACAGCACCGAAGUCAACAGCGUCGUGACGCAGAUCCAGUUUGACGGAAUUAAGUUUGGUGAUGCAGAGGCUAUCGCCUUGUCUGAGUCACUCUGCCGAACCAAGACUAUGGAACAGAUCAGCGUUAGCGGAAGUCGCAUUGGUGAUCAGGGUGCAGUAGCCUUGGGCAAUGCCUUGAAACUGAACAGAACCGUGAGGCAGAUACGGCUCGACAGGGGCAACAUUGGUGAUGUGGGGGCUACGGCCUUUGCCGAGGCAUUGAAGGCAAACAACACCUUGAAACAGAUGCAUCUAGACUGGAACAGGAUCGGUGAUGACGGUGCUGGGGCAUUGGCCGGGGCUCUAGAAGUGAACAUGACUCUAGAGCAGAUCGGCCUCGAAGGCAACUCUUGCAUUGGGGAUGAAGGGGCAGAAGCCUUAUUGGAGGCAUUGAAAGUCAACACCAACGUGAGGCAGAUCAACCUCGGCCGCCGAAAAAUUUGCGUGGAGGCCCAGCCGGCGAAAUGA